AUGCCGCGGGAGCGCACGCUGCGCCUGCAGGCGGGGAGCCGCAUCGAGGCCCUGUGCGUGCUGGGCACCCGCAUCGCCGCCGAUGUUUACGGCUCGCUGGACGUCGCCGCCGAUCGGGACGGAGUGGUGGAAGACAACAACCCGCACAAGGCCACCUGGACAUGGGGACCCGAGGGCCAGGGCGCCAUCCUGCUGGUGAACUGCGACCGGGAGAGCCCGCUGGCCGCCGCGCCGGACUGCGCCGACGAGCGCGUGUUCAACAAGGAGGAUCUGCUGGACAUGUCUCGGAUGGUCCUGAGGACCAGCGGCCCCCAGAAGCUGCCCCGCGGCUACGAGAUCGUCCUCCACGUGGCCGCCUCGGACGCUGACAAAGUCGGCGUCUUCCACGUGCAGAGGAGCACUGGGACCAUGAACCCGUCUGCCCCGGCCGAAACCCAAGCCAAGGGCGGCCUGGAGAGCCGGGAGUUGGGAUGCCAGCACAUUCCAGCCAGAUUGGCCAGGAAGGCACCCAAGAGCCGAGUGGAGUUCGGCUACGUCCACGCGCCGCACAAGAGCUUCCCGGUGGUGCUGGACUCCCCCCGCGACGGAGGGCUGCGGGAUUUCCCCAUCAAGCAGCUGCUGGGUCCGGAUUUCGGCUACGUGAGCAGAGAGCCCCUGUUCGAGGACGUCACCAGCCUCGACUCGUUCGGCAACCUGGAGGUCAGCCCGCCGGUGACGGUCGGCGGCAAGGAAUAUCCCCUGGGGAGGAUCCUCAUUGGAAGCAGCUUUCCCACAGCUGCAGGCAGGAGGAUGACCAAGGUGGUGCGGGAUUUCCUCUACGCGCAGCGGGUGCAGGCCCCCGUGGAGCUCUACUCCGACUGGCUGACCGUGGGCCACGUCGACGAGUUUGUCACCUUCGUGCCCACCAAUGACGCCAAGGUAGGAGGGACCCCACGCUGCUGGCAGCCACGUUCCCCUUCCCAACCGGGAUCUGCGCUCGCAGGCUAAUCCGGGACGGACACCAAGCGGGUCACCAUCAACAAGGUCCUCUCCAGCGACGCCCUGGUGCGACAGAACCAGUACGCGCAGCGCUGCAUCGACUGGAACAGGGACAUCCUCAAGAAGGAGCUGGGCUUGGCGGAGAGCGACAUCGUCGACCUGCCGGCGCUCUUCAGGAUGGACGGGGAGGGCAAGGCCACGGCCUACUUCCCCAACAUGGUCAACAUGGUCGUGCUGUCCCGCCACCUGGGCGUCCCCAAGCCGUUCGGGCCCGUCGUGGAGGGCGCGUGCUGCCUGGCGCUGGCGAGUGCCCUCCAUGUCACCGCCCUCCCCGCGGCGGCUGCAGAGCCGCAGUGGCUGGAAGGGAAAAAACACGGAGGAAAACGGAGACUUGUGGCGAGCUGCGGCGCCGGCAGCAUGGACCGCGGUGAAUAA